AUGAAUGCGCGCUCCGGGAGCCAAGCGCAGUCCCUGCGAUCCAUGAACAUGAACACAUACGGCACCCAGCAGAACUCACGGCAAGUGCCACGGUUACAGAAUACGCAAAAGACGGGCCUGGGAAAUGGCAAUGCAGGCGCAGGAUGGGCAUUCGGUGCUCCAUCAGGAAGUGCGUUUGGCAGUCUGGGAGGUGCGCCGGGCUUGGGGCAGGCAAGACCGGGACAGCUGUCAGGCUUUGCCCAGGUGAUGGGUGGCGGCGGAGGGCAGGGACCGAUUGAUAUGAGUGACUUUCCAAGCCUCGCCGGUGGCCCACGCCAACCACCAAACAGCAACAAUGGAUGGGGCGGAAAUAUCAACAACGUCAUACGCCAGCCGCCGAUCCAGCAACAAGCUCCACAGCAGCCACGCGCUCCAUCGACUGCGCCAUCGCACCAGUCCAUCGACCAGUUCGACGGACAGCGCUCUCAGCAGCAGUCCAAUGACCGUGGCAGUGGCGAUGACUAUCCGCUGUCAGCCAACCUCAUCAACGGCAAUGGUAACGGAUUGACGCAGACCAACGGACUCGGUAGCAGCGUUGGCUCGCCAGAAGACGCACACCCACACCCAAAUGGCCAGCAGAGUCAUACAAUGGCCAGUCGCGAUACUUCCUACUCAUCGAUGCCGCAGGCUCCAAUAGGUUCGAACAUACCAUCGGCAUCCCCAGACUCUCUACCAUCUCAGAGCGACAAUGCACAGUCCACACAGCCCAACGCUACCGUCAAGAGAUGGGCAGACAUGACCGAACAAGAGCGCUAUGGCAUGCAAGGCUACAUCGCCAGAGUAGAGGCUGGACGCGCCAUCGCCGCUGGUCAGCCAGUGGACCCUACUCUUCCAACCGUGGAACGCAAUUGGGCGACACUGCAGGCGGGCGUAGACAUCAACAACCUUGGCCUCGACCUAGAUUCGACCGAGCCGAUCUACAAGACCUUCCACGUCUUCCCAGACAUGACCUCUGGUGGCUCAUUCGACAGCUCGCGCCGCAACCCAGUCCCUGACUUCCAAGUCCCACCAGCGUACUACGUCAACAAUGUCCCAGAUAGUGCUAGCAGGAUGGCAGCGUUCGCUGAUGACACUCUGUUCAACAUCUUCUACUUCGAGGUUCGCGACGUGAAGCAAGAGCUGGCCGCCAUCGAGCUCGCAAAUCGCGAGUGGCGCUACCACAAAGUCAUACGCCAGUGGAUCAAGCAGGACUGUGGACCAGCUGGCCUCGCUGGCGGAUUCGACCACACCAACGGCGCUCCCGGCGGCAUCCUGCCAGUCCGCCUUAGCGAGAAGGUCGAGCGUGGCAUCUACUUGUUCUUCAACAACGACAGAUGGUCCCGUGAGCGCAAGGAGUUCACACUUGACUACGACUGCCUCUGGGACCAGCGCAUUGGUCCCAUUCCAGGCGUAGGUCCCGUUCGAGAGGGAUCUGCCAACGCACAGUAG